GGCGCGCGGGGAAGCCCGAGCGGCCCGCUGAGCUGGAGGCCGACUCCACUAAGACAGGUUGCAUCCCGUGAGGAUGGCGCCACCCGCGGCCUAGCCGUCCCGCGCCCCGCGAGCCGCAGCCCGCCUCCCCCGAGGUGUCGCCAGAGUCCGGGCGACCGCGAACAUGCUGGUACCGCUGGCCAGGCUGGCCUGCCCGGCACAUCCAUGCUAUCAUGCCUUAAAAAUUAAGAAAAAUUACCUACCUCCGUGUGCCGCAAGAUGGUCCACCACUUCUGUAGUUCCUCGAAUUACGACCCACUACACCAUUUACCCCCGGGACAAGGACAAGCGAUGGGAAGGAGUGAACAUGGAGAGGUUUGCAGAGGAGGCGGACGUGGUGGUCGUGGGCGCCGGCCCCGCCGGGCUCUCGGCCGCUGCCCGGCUGAAGCAGUUGGCCACCCAGCAUGGCAAGGACCUCCGCGUGUGUCUGGUGGAGAAGGCGGCCCAGAUCGGGGCUCACACCCUCUCGGGGGCCUGCCUUGACCCCCGCGCUCUCCAGGAGCUCUUCCCAGACUGGAAGGAGAAGGGAGCUCCACUGAACACUCCCGUAACAGAAGAUCGAUUUGGGAUUUUAACAGAGAAAUACAGAAUCCCUGUGCCAAUUCUUCCAGGUCUCCCCAUGAACAACCACGGCAACUACAUCGUGCGCCUGGGGCACCUGGUGAGCUGGAUGGGCGAGCAGGCGGAAGCGCUCGGGGUGGAAGUCUACCCCGGCUACGCGGCCGCUGAGGUCCUUUAUCAUGAAGACGGAAGCGUGAAGGGGGUCGCCACCAACGAUGUAGGGAUACAGAAGGACGGGGCACCAAAGGCCACCUUCGAGCGAGGACUGGAACUGCACGCCAAAGUCACAGUUUUUGCAGAGGGCUGCCACGGACACCUGGCCAAGCAGCUCUACAGGAAGUUCGACCUGAGGGCCAACUGUGAGCCCCAGACCUACGGGAUUGGGCUGAAGGAGCUGUGGCUUAUUGAUGAGAAGAAGUGGAAGCCGGGGAGGGUGGACCACACAGUGGGCUGGCCGCUGGACAGACACACGUACGGAGGCUCCUUUCUCUACCACCUGAAUGAAGGCGAGCCGCUCGUGGCCCUCGGCCUGGUGGUUGGUCUAGACUAUCAAAAUCCGUACCUAAGUCCAUUUAAAGAAUUCCAGAGGUGGAAGCACCACCCCAGCAUCCGGCCGACGUUGGAAGGUGGGAAAAGGAUUGCAUACGGGGCCAGGGCACUCAAUGAAGGCGGCUUUCAGGUUUUUCCUACAGCUUUAAGAGAGGCUGUUAAGUUGGAGAAUUGGGUUCUGCUUGUUCAGUGUGAGCUAACAAAUGCACCUGACUGUUCCUCUCCUCAGUCUAUACCGAAACUCGCCUUCCCUGGUGGGCUGCUGAUUGGCUGUAGCCCCGGCUUCAUGAACGUUCCCAAGAUCAAGGGCACCCACACAGCCAUGAAAAGUGGGAUUUUGGCAGCAGAAUCUAUUUUUAAUCAACUAACUAGUGAAAAUCUCCAAUCAAAGACAGUAGGACUCCAUGUAACUGAGUAUGAGGACAGCUUGAAGAAAUCGUGGGUGUGGAAGGAGCUGUAUGCUGUUCGGAACAUCAGGCCGUCCUGCCACGGGGUCCUGGGUGUGUACGGAGGGAUGGUUUACACCGGAAUCUUCUACUGGAUAUUCAGAGGGAUGGAGCCCUGGACCCUCAGACAUAAAGAAGGUUCUGACUCUGAUCAGCUCAAGCCAGCCAAGGACUGCACACCUAUUGAGUAUCCAAAGCCGGACGGACAGAUCAGCUUUGACCUCCUGUCGUCCGUGGCUCUGAGCGGAACGAACCACGAACACGACCAGCCGGCGCACCUAACCCUGAGGGACGACAGCGUGCCCGUGAGCAGGAACCUGGCGGUGUUCGACGGGCCGGAGCAGCGGUUCUGCCCCGCAGGAGUUUACGAGUUUGUGCCUUUGGAACAAGGUGAUGGAUUUCGGUUGCAGAUAAACGCUCAGAACUGUGUGCACUGCAAAACAUGUGACAUUAAAGACCCGAGUCAGAACAUUAACUGGGUGGUACCCGAAGGGGGCGGAGGCCCCGCCUACAACGGAAUGUGAGGUGCACCUGCUUGCCCGGUGCGUCUGACGGCCAGUCUCUCUGAAGUAGGAGGCACGCUAACUUCAGGUUACCUUACGGAGUAUUACUGCUCAGAAUGUUCAUAAAAUAAUUAUCAGGGAAAUAACUAUAUUAUAUGUAAAAUUGUCCCAUAAAAAAAAUCAUGAAUAUUUCUCUUAAAUAAAACUUUGUAAAUUAUGUAGCAUCU